UUGCUGGACACUUUGAAGACGAAGAUUAUGGGGACCAUUUCAUGUAUAUCGGAAGUGGCGGUCGAGCACCCGGGUUCGCUUCGGACCACAAACAGUUAAUCAGUCAUUUGAGAAUGAUUUGAAUGAGUCACUUCGUAUGUCCGCAUGCCUUAAGAAGCCUGUUCGUGUAAUCCGCGGAGAUGGGCUGAAGUCAAAAUAUGCUCCGGCUGCUGGGUUCCGCUACGAUGGUCUCUACACCGUGUCCAAUCCCAGGAUAGAGAUGGGCCCGAAAGGUUUCAAUCUCUGCAAGUUCGAUUUCCACCGUUGUCUGGGUCAGCCAUCAGUGCCAACUACAGACAACCCGGAUUUCUAUCGAUCCGAUAUCGACAUACGGAGGAAGCAGUACAGGGAACAUCGGGCGGCACAAGCGAAGACUACUCAGGCAUCUGGUUCUGGUUCUCGGGGUAGUCCAAUAGACCUCGAUGGCACAGGGUCGCGUGACACUAGCGCAAGCCUGGAAGACGAAGACGACGAAGACCAAGAAGACAUUUUCGGCGACAUCGAUGAUGUCGAGAACGCAAUGUCGCCGGUCUCUGGCUACCUUGAUGAAAUCAAGAACCCAGAUACAGAACCGCACCGGCGCAAGCUUCUCCUUGUGCGCGUCGGCCGGUACGUGCAGUCUGUGCUCCAGCAGAAGAGAGGGCGAGGCAAAGACGAAGGUGGUCGCGACUAUGAUUGGUGGUACGAAGCUCUGUGGAGCCAUGUCGGCUGUGCGAUGCCGACGAAACAGCUCGUCAGCGUGCAGCAGGUGGAAGAGUGGUACACGAAAUAUGAGCAAAAACUGCAGACGAAGAAAGAGAGAAAGGAGAAGGCAGCAUGAUUUUGUCGUUUAUGGUGAUAUUUCUUGAUUGAGUCCUGUUGUCGCCAUUGGUUCUUUCGUCGCUCGCAUUACUAUCUUGUACCGUCACAUAUUUUCUUUUUUUUGACGACCUUUCUUGCUAUCAUUGUUCAUGUCUACUUAUCAGCCACAAAGACCUU